CAUAGAAAUGCUCGCAUGUUAGAUUAGAUUUAAUUUUCCCUAUUUCCAAUUAUACGAUCCCGUUAUGUGUAUGGAUUGUAUUCUGUGUGUGUUGUGUUUUGCGUGUGGUGUGUGUGUUGUGUGUGUGUGGUGUGUGUGUUGUGUGUGUGGUGUGUGUUGCGUUCGUUGCGUUUUGUGUGUGUUAUGUGUUUUGGCGUGUUUCUGGCGUGUUUUCUUUGUUUUGUGACUUGUUUUCUGCUUUCUUCUGCUUUUUCCUUUCUUUUCAUUUCUUCUUCUUCUCUUGGGAGUCAUUGGGACUGGAAGGACAUUGGGAUUUGGGAUUUGGGAAGGAAAACUGGCGUUGAAGGGACAGCUGGAAGGCUACCCAUUUAUGGGCGGGACUGGAUUUCCCCCAAACUUUAUACCCCUGGGACGACAACUUGGCAACGACUACUUCUACAACUACAACGACUACAACGACUAACUAUUACAAUCUGUGGUUGAUGGCCCUGCUGCUAGCAGCAAUCAACUUUAUCAAUCAAUAUAAUCAUUAUUUCUUCC